AUGUUUGAUGCUCCGGAUAAACCUAUAAUAUUGCAAGUGUUUUUACAGAUAAAUCCAAGCUUGUUUGGUGACGAACGUACUUGGACAUAUGGAUUUUGGAAGGGUAAAGAUGGAAAAGGAUGUUACAAUACGGCAUGUUCAGGGUUUAUUCACGUGUCACAGACGAUUCCCAUUGUUCAACCAAUUGAUUUUCCGGCUGGCAAAACUGUCUGGUUGCAUUACUCCAUCCAUCAGGAUAAAAAUACAGGGAAUUGGUGGCUUACAGAACUAGGUUCAGGCGACAUUGGAUAUUGGCCAAAAGAGCUAUUUAACCUUUUAAACAAUGGUGCAAAUAUGGUUGGAGCUGGUGGUACAGUUCAGGCUUCACGUUCUGGUUCAAGCCCUCCUAUGGGCAAUGGUCGAUUUCCUAAUGUUAAUCACCCUGAAAGAUCAGCUGGUUUCACAAACAUUGAAGUUUUGGAUUCCAACUACGAACAACAUAAAAUGAAUUAUGUCCCUACAGAAGUGGUUCUAGAUAGUCCUAAAUGCUAUGGUCUAACUAUUGGUAAGAAGUUUUUAUUCCAACACAAUCGAUUAGGUUUCUACUUUAAUUAUGGAGGUCUAGGAGGAAACUCUUGUAGAGUUUGA